AAGGGGAGCAUGGAGCUGGAGAAUUUUUGAAAACUACAGGGAGCUGUGGACUUUCCAGUUGCUGCUGGGCUGCACUGCUGCUCUGGGAAGUCCGACCUGGACAUGACCAUGCCCUCCACGAGGACCCUGAAGAGCCCCAGCUUCAGCCAGCACUUUUGGAUGAUGGUGAUCUACACAGUGCUCCUGCAAAUGCUCCUUCAAGCCCUGUCUGUGGCUUUGACUUACGUGUACUUCACUAAUGAGAUGAAGCAGCUGCAGAACAAAUACUCCAGAAGUGGAAUAUCAUGCUUGUUAAAGGAGGAAGAGGAUCCCAGGGGCUCCACUGAGGAAGAACACAGACACUGCUUGCAGGCUAAGAGGGAACUGUACCAGCUUAUUGAAGAGGUGACUUUGCGGACAUUGGGGGAAACCAUUUCUACAGUUCCAGAAAAGCAGCGAAGUAUUAAUUUCCCACCCAGAGGUGGAAAACCUCAGAGAGUGGCAGCUCACAUUACUGGGAUGACUCGGAAAAGCAGCUCAGCCUUAAUUCCAUUCUCCAAGGAUGGAAAGACCUUGGGCCAGAAGAUAGAAUACUGGGAGUCGUCGAGGAAAGGGCAUUCAUUCCUCAGCUAUGUACAUUUGAGAAAUGGAGAGCUGGUCAUCCAGGAACAGGGCCUUUAUUACAUCUAUUCCCAGACGUACUUCCGGUUUAAAGAGGCUGAAGACACUUCCAGGGCAGUCUCAGUGGACAGAGGGAGAAACAAACAAAUGGUACAGUACAUCUACAAGUACACCAACUACCCAGACCCCAUAAUGCUGAUGAAGAGUGCCAGAAACAGCUGUUGGUCCAGAGAUGCAGAAUACGGACUGUAUUCCAUCUAUCAAGGGGGACUGUUUGAGCUUAAAGAAAAUGACAGGAUUUUUGUUUCUGUGACAAAUGAGAAUUUGGUGGACCUGGACCAAGAAGCCAGUUUUUUUGGAGCCUUUUUAAUUAACUAAAUGCCCUGCAGCAAUCACACACAGCCCCCAAAUGUCCAGUCAUCUAUGCUGAUGUCUGUGGUUUGGGCUGUCGCCAGGUCCCACGUGGAAGUCCAUGCUCCUGCUGACUUUAAGGAACAAGGGAGCUGCUUUCGAAGUGGUAUUGAUGACUGCAGAUUCAAGUUGUGAGAGACGUAUGUAGCAGGAACCUUGAAAGUUCUUAUUAAUAAAAUCAAACCUGAGCCAGGUAUUGGGGUGAC